CGGUGACUCGAGAGACCUAUUAGUUAAAUUUCUGUAUGCUUGUAUUUACCAUGCAUACAUACCAUGUACCCUCAGAUGAAGACUUCUUGGUAUGUCUUUUGCUUUUCUUUGCUCUUCUGUGCGCUGCUUGGGGACUGUUUUGGAGUUGCGUUUGUGCCCAAGGACAAACGUGGGUGGACUCUGAACAGUGCUGGAUACCUCCUAGGACCCCCAGAUGCCCACCAGGCGUUGCCUGAUAAAGGAGCUGUGGCUGGGAAAAGAGAUGCUGAGGAGGAUCUGUAUUCUGUGGGGCAGGAUUCUGUUGAUCAAAGACUGAUUGGACGCCCGCCCUUCCCAGUGUCAGAAGAAUCGGUGCAACCGUAG